GACAACUCUCCAGGAUAUAUUCAGCACUUUCUUAAGGGUCAUAGUGUUGGAUUCAGUUUCAUCUUCCGCAGCCACCAGCGCGUCUUGGGAUAUGAACUCUUUCCUGUUCGAUAUUCUUCUUCCCUGCAUGAAAGGAGUCUCCGUAAGCGACUGGGCGGACCGAAAACCGGGAGGCCUCACAUCGAGGCGAAAAUCUUUGCAAGUUUUCAUCGCGCGCCACUACGAUCAUGGCUGUUUUCUCUUGAAGAAGGAGGCCGAUGCAAGCAAGUGGCUCGUUCGAAGGGCGCAAGCCAACCUUGAUGGCGACAAACAGAUUCUUCGCACCGACAUUUUGGAAGCGCCUCCCUGCCUGCAUUUUCCUAUCCUUGCGCUCGCAGAUUGCCGCGGUAUUUUCGUGCGAUGUCUCCAGGAGUCAAUCAACUCAGGUCAGAUUUGCUACCGCGCCCUGUGUUCCCAUCUAA